ACGAAUUACUCUAGCCACAAAGGUCAUGUGUGCCGUUAUAUGUCUCCUCAGCUUCAAUGCAGGGCGUUAUUGCACCUAUAGGAGUAUAUAAAAAAUCAGGGAUCCAAAUAUAAAUAGUUCUUUAUGUAUACCAAGGUUUUCAAUUUUUAUCAAUGUGACGUUAUUGAAAUUGAUUUGAAAUUUGAGAGAUUCGUUUUGUUUCAGCUUAGCUCGAAAUGCGCGCCUUGGUAGUUUCAAUAUGGGUAUUCAUAAAUUUGGUAUUUUUUGGAAUGUGCGGUUAUAUGUAUCUACUUUGGUCUCAGUAUUGGGUUAGUUUGGACGCAGAAGAGAAAAGCACUACUUCCACAUACGACCAACAAAUAUAUUUUUAUAAUAGAGGAUAUUAUCCUUCAGAUGCUAAAAAUCAAACUGUAACUAUUCCUGAUGUGAAAGACUUACUAAAACAGAGUCAAUCUUUAGUUAAAGACAACGCCAGUUCAGUUACCCUAAUCAAAAAUAGUAUGCCCAGGUUUCCCAAUUUGCAGCCGCAAAAUUUGGAACUCGGUACGAAAAAAUACAGAUGCAUCGAAAGCGAUACGCCAAACGACUGUGAUAGAAAAACGUCUGAAUUUAAAGAUAACUUAAUUAAAGAACUAAGAAGAGUUUUUACCGAAGAGACUAAUGUUCUUAAACCUGGCAACGAAAAUCGGUAUAAUGUACAAUUCAGAGGAGUUAGAGGCAAUUAUAUGGACAAAACUCCAAGUCAAUUGAGGUGUGACUUGUUAAAUGUACCGUUCACCACUUUAAAGAGGUUUGAUGUACGAUCCCACAUUUUAAAAGAUUAUUUACCGAAAAGAGGCUUCUUCGAGAACAAACGUUUCAACACAUGUGCGAUUGUCUCCAGCGCUGGAGCCUUGAAAGGAUCUAAUCUCGGAAAAUUCAUAGAUUCUCAUGAUUUGGUUCUUCGAUUCAACAAUGCUCCAACAAAAGGCUUCGAAGAAGACGUCGGUCGCAAAACUACCGUUCGUCUUUUGAACUCCCAGGUCGUCACCAAAGAUCAGUUCAAGUUUUUGAAAUCUAAUCUUUUUAAAAACAUUACGAUCGUUGCUUGGGACCCCAGCAACUUCACUUCUACCCUAUCGGAAUGGUUGGCAAGGCCAGAAUAUAACUUGCUACCUAAUUAUAUUGAGUUCAAGAAGUCCAACCCAAAGGCGAAGGUGUAUUUGGUGAAUCCGUUGGACGUGUGGAGAAUGUGGGAGUUUCUGCAGGAGAAUUCGCCCGGAAGGUUGAGAAGGAAUCCGCCCCUCUUCAGGAUUUAUAGGCAUGAAACUUCUGCUAGAUGUGUGCAAAUGGAUCGACUUCUUUGAGUACGUCCCUUCAGCAAGAGCCACGAAACGUUGUCACUACUACGAUCCUGAGAACAACCCCCGCCUGUACAUUUGGUGUAUGGCAUCCCUUAGCGGCAGAAAAGUUACUUACGUAUUACAUUAACAGUGCCAGUGAUAAAGAUGUCUUUCAAAAAGGAUUCGCCAGGAUCGCGGGACUUGAUAGCAGUGGCUGUGGAGAGUUGAAGGCAUAGUGUUGUGAUCUUGUGAUGUAUUUGUUUUAGUAAAAAAUGUUGUGAAAUUCGAUUUACGAUCUUUACCAUUCUUCUGAGUAGCAGGUAGUGCAAAAUACCAUUCUAGAGGUGUAUAAAAUUAAGUUGAUAGGCCUGACUCAGAGGCACAAGAUUUCCGAGUGCAGCUACAUAUCACAUAUGACCAGUACAGACAACAAUAAAGGUGACUGUACGGAAUUGUGAUAGGGAAUAACCAAGGAAAAUUAGGCAGUUCCCCUAAAAAAUGUCUAAUAUUCCUGAGCUAAUCCGAAUCCAAAUUUCAAACUCUGUGGAAAAAGAUAAUCACCUCUAAUCUCUAUCUUAGAUGUUCAACAGGAGGAUAUUGAGGUUUUCUUGAUAUUUAGAUAUGGUAUUAUUGUAUAUUUCCCAACAUUCACGAUCCUCAGAAAAUAUAGUCAUUUUAACCAAUAGAAUAUAUUACGCAAAAAACGUUCAAAGAAAUAGAAAAUUACGAAUAUAGAAAAUAAGUUCGGAUAGGGCCCAUAGGUAUCGGCAGGGGGAAAGGGUAAGGGGUGGUGGAGGGAGUCAAAGAUAGGUGAACAGGCCAAGAAGAUGAUUGAUAUUUUUUCAAAAUCAUAAAUGUUGAUCUCAACAUAUCAAGAUGAAAAUGUUAGUUUUAUUUUUUUAAGUUUUUCCAGAAUCUCGGAGUGGCCACCCACAAAAUAUCUUGAAAGAAAUGUAACUGUUUCGAAAAAAACGGACAACUUUUUCGUGCUUGUCAGUGGUCUGAGGGGAUCCACAUAGACUUAUAUUUUCUACUAGAAUUGUGGAAAGGGUACAACUUUUUAGAAAAUUAUGCAAAAAACGUUGUUUUCACCUUAGGAACUAUAAAGUAUGAUAGCGGCAAGAAUGAUUUCGAGUAUUAUCUAGUUUUAUUUUUUUGAAAUCAACAUGUGUCUGACUAUGGACAACGCCAAAGAUGCGUUUUCUUGUUUGUAAGAAGGAAGGUAACGUUUCUUUCCAUACAUUUUGUGAUUCGUCACAAAAUAAAUAUUUGUGUAUAUCUCUUCAUACAAUCCGAAACGACCAUUGAAUUUUUAAAACAGGUUUUAAAUGUUGGCUGACAUCUAUGAGUUUAAAAAAACACACACCGAAUUUUUCAAAACAUCGAUGUUCAAUAUUUAAUCGCAGGCCUCUGGGUCCCCUCUUAUAAAUGGCACUAGAAUAUUAUGAUGAACAAAUUACAUAGAGAAAUUCCCAAGUGAUGAAAUAUAGAGAUUCUUCGAUUCCCUUAUGAACUUUUAACAAGCGAAAUUAGUAGUAACAUUUUGGUUUGUAUCCACCAAGUUAAUAAUGAUAAAUGGUUUUUAAAAAACAUAAAUUUAUUGUAAUAUUCCCUACAAAAACACCUUAAAUCUACUAAUAUCUAGUAGUGUUCUUCCUGCCCAUAGUGAUCUGACAAUGUGUGAUCAUUUAGCUUAUUUUUAUUAAACAUCCU